AUGGCACCGACUGCAUGUGUACCUGCUGAAGUAUGCGUGACCAAACACGCAUAUGACAAACAAGACUAUGAUUUCAGUUUGAAUCAUAGUCAACCACAAUUCAGUAGUUAUGGAGGGGACGACCUGCCGCAAUCCAGGUUGGCUGCCAAGGCUCUCGUCUUGGAUGUAUUGAAGAAGCGCGCCGCCGAAGUUGAUGUGGACCGUUGCGGUCCUGGUGAUGAGGAUGCGUUCUAUGUGGCAGACAUGGGCGAGGUCUACCGCCAGCAUUUACGCUGGAAAAUGAACUUGGGUCGUGUCAAGCCUUUUUACGCUGUCAAGUGCAAUCCCGACCCGGAGAUCCUCCGCCUCAUGGCGAAACUGGGAAACGGCUUCGACUGCGCGUCCAAGGCGGAGAUCGAUCUAGCUCUCGAAACGGGCAUCGAUCCCAGCCGCAUCAUCUACGCACAGCCUUGCAAGACCAAGUCAUACCUGCGCUAUGCGGCCCAAAGGGGGGUCAAGCAGAUGACUUUUGACAAUGCCGACGAGCUGUACAAGAUCAAGGCCUGCUACCCCGAAGCCGAAUUGUACCUACGCAUCCUCACCGAUGAUUCCACCAGCCUCUGCCGCCUGAGCAUGAAGUUCGGUGCGUCGUUGGAUGUGGCUCGUGAGCUCCUCGAGCUCGCCCACGAGCUUGAGCUGAAGGUUGUCGGCGUGAGCUUCCAUGUCGGAUCCGGAGCCGAGGAUCCUACUGCGUUCCUCAAGGCUGUCCAGGACGCCCGACUGAUCUUCGACCAGGCGUCCGACGUGGGCCAUGAGCUGCACACGUUGGAUGUGGGCGGCGGCUUCAGUCACGAGACCUUUGAGAAGUUUGCCGGUGUCUUGAGUGAGGCCCUCGAGACAUACUUCCCGCCCCAUAUUCGCGUCAUCGCCGAGCCGGGGCGCUAUUAUGUCGGCAGUGCGUUCACCCUGGCGGCCAACGUGAUUGCCCGUCGCGACGUGCGGGACCCUACUACACCGGCAAACGAUACCUUUAUGAUCUACCUGAACGACGGAGUGUACGGCAAUUUCUCCAACAUCAUCUUCGAUCACCAGCACCCGGUCGCUCAGAUCUUGAGCUGUGCGGCGGGCUCCAUGGCGAAUUCCCCUAUUGCUGCGACUUCGGAGGGAAUCGCCUAUUCCAUCUGGGGGCCCACGUGCGAUGGCAUUGACAACAUCACCCAGCGGAUCGUUUUGCCCGGCCUGCUGGAUGUAGGCGACUGGUUGUUCUUUGAGGACAUGGGCGCCUACACCAAAUGCAGCGCAACGCGUUUCAACGGCUUCUCGGACAACCACGAGGUGAUCUACAUCUCGAGCGAAGCCGGUGCCUCGGCGCUCCUGGAAUACUAG